AUGGCACAAUCCAUAACUUUUUUAUAUUCAAUUCUGAUAAUUUUAAUAUCACUUCAAUCUUCCGAUGCUAUAUUUUUAAAUAGUUUAUUUUCGACACAAGAUGGAUCGAAUUUAUGCAAUGCUGACAAGUGUGAACUCAAAUCGAACUGGAGCCAUCAAGCUGUAUGUGACUAUGUAAACUGCAACGACGAUGCUUGUGAAGGGGGAGGUUAUCUUCUAUGGACACAGUACGUGGAAUGUGCUCCAAACACUACUUCAAGGGUUUUCAUAAUCAUAGCUGCAGUACUCUACAUGUUAUUACUAUUCCUUAUGGUUAGCUCAGCUGCUGAUGACUACUUUUCUCCUUCGAUUUCUUCAAUUGUAGCUCAUCUUCGAAUUAGUGAGUCUGUAGCGGGAGUAACAUUCAUGGCAUUUGGAAACGGAGCUCCUGAUGUGUUCGGUUCGAUUGCUUCCGUUUUGAGCAGUCCGACUCCGAAAGCAGAUUUGGCUCUUGGGGAACUUUUUGGAGGAGGUCUUUUUGUAACAACAAUGGUUGUUUCAACUAUCAUCCUUACUUCUCCAUUCGACGUAGAAGUAUUCAGUACAAUAAGGGAUCUCCUCUUCUAUCUUGUGGCUCUUUCUUUUCUCGGAUUCUGUUUCAUAUUUUACAAUCGUGUCACAUUAUGGAUGCCAUUGACGUUUCUGGGAUUGUAUCUUCUCUAUGUGCUAACAGUUAUUGGAGCACAAUAUUAUCACAAUCGAAAAAGAAAAGCUAUUCAACAACAGAAUAGUGUGAAGAGUCGAGCCAGUCGGAGAAGUCGAAAGAGCCUUCAUAGUGUUGCUCCGAUGCCAGUGAUUCCUGAAAUUGAAGUUCAAGAGCAAUCAGCACCAUUUCCUGAAAUCUCAGUUGUUACUGGAGCAAUCGACAAAUUGAAAGAGCACAUGACAGAGAAAGCUCAAGAGAGACCAGUCAGAAGAUACACUAAAAGACCGUCGUUUUUAGUAAAUGGAGAAGGAAAUUUGAAUCAUUUACAUCCCUACGCGAAACAGAAUCAUUUGGGAACGUCGAGAAGACAAAGCGAAUUAUCAAAUGAAGAUGAAGAAUUCGUUGUGAUCCAUGGACAAGUUUAUCAAGGUCAUGAGGCAAGAAGUAGAGCAGCAAGUCUUGUUCCCGAGCCAAGAAAAAUAAGUAGCUGGCAGAAUUUUGAUGUGCUAACUGAUCUAGCUGAGCAUUUGGAUCCCCGUCCAGAUGCAGAGGAUUGGGAGGAGAUGAACAUCUUCUCGAAAGUUCUUUCUUAUAUAAAUGUUGGACCAAAUUUCCUUUUCAAGCUAACAAUUCCACUAAACGAACAAAGUUGGUCAAAACCACUGACACUCAUUCAUGCUUUCACAUGCCCUGCAUUCCUCUUAUUUUCUCUUCAAUUUUUCCUGAAGUCUCCAUUCUCCGGAAGUCCAGGAUUAUGGCUCUAUGGAUUGGCAGUAUCCAUUGUGAUCGCAGCUCUUCUUAUAUUUUUCACCGAGUUAGGAGUUCAACCAAAGUAUUACAAGGAAAUCUACUCAUAUGCUGGAUUCAUAAUGUCAAUUGCUUGGAUCUAUUUGAUAUCUUCGGAAGUUGUUAACGUCGUCACAAUGCUCGGAGUGGUCUCCAGAGUGUCUCACGAAGUUCUGGGUCUAACAAUUUUGGCAUGGAGUAACAGUAUUGGAGAUCUCAUUGCUGAUGUUUCUGUUGUAAAACAGGGAUAUCCAAGAAUGGCGAUGGCUGCUGCAAUUGGAGGUCCUUUGUUCAGUGAAUUUGCUCAUGGGAUUUGGACUACCAUUCACUAUUGCAAAACUACAAGGAAAAUACAUUUCGGUGAGUUUCAUUCUCCAGUUUUCCUCGAAAAUAUCCUUUUUCAGAUGACAAUCAAUCCAACUUAUCGACUUCUUAUUUUAUUUCUAGCCAUUUCUCUAUUAGCCACUUUAAUAGGAAUUCCUGUUCAAAAAUUCCGUCUUCAGAGACCGCAUGCGGCAGUUUUAAUUUCAAUUUAUAUCGCUUUUAUUGUAUUUGUUCUACUUUCUGAGACUGGAGUUUUGGUUUGGAAUUAG